CGGGUGGAAGCCGUGACUGAAGCCAAAUUUGCAUCCAAAGAUCUUCCCGCGUAUGACUAUGUUAUCGUUAAGGAAGCCACAGAUUUUCCUAAAGACCUUCAGGACGACGUAACAUUCGCUCACGUUCCAUGGGUGAAGGAUUGUCUCAUUUCAGGAAGGCUUUUAACCUUGCCCGGUCGUUGACACUCUCUCGACGAUCUCAUCGGUAUUUUGACUAUUUCCUGCUUACUGUAUUUCAUUCUUGCUUGCUAACAUACUUGUUGUCGCGUCCUGGUUUAAUCAUAGUGUACUUGACUCAAAUUGUUCUUGACUUUGCGAUGAAUGUUGUGAUCUAACUCGUUCGUAGAUACACUUUUGCUUCCGUCCCCUGUCCGUCACCGCAAUAAAUUUGUAAUGAUGCUUGGAGUCGCAAUUGGAAAUAUUCUCCCACAUUAUUAUACGACGCCCAAAAUGCGAAACCUUGCUCAAGGCUUACUGUCACCUUUCUAUUCAUGUCACCAUGAGUGACGCAGAAUACGAAGUCGAGUCUGUGACAAAGGCGCGUGUGGAAGCGAAGCGGGGUAAGAAAAUCAUAUGGAAAUAUCAUGUCAAAUGGAAAGGGUAUAGCUGGGAUGAUAGCACUUGGGAACCCGAAAGAUCUUUUACUUAUGGCUCAAAGCAUUUUCUCAAGACCUUCUGGGCGCAUGCUUUAACCCGCGGCAGAGAUCAUACGAACCCACUGCUUUUUGAGACAGGCGAAGAGGUUCAUGUUUCGGGCUUUCCUGGGGCGAGUCCGCGUCCUGAAAAUAAGUCUAGUAGGGACAACCUACAAGGACCUUCUGAGACAUUCGAAGAUGAUGCCUCCGAUGAUGAACCCUUGACCACCAAGAAGCGGCGCAGACGUCAAAAAGCCACGGGAGAGCCGAGGGCGAAGCGAAAGCGCGAGUCAGAACCUGGCACCGCUGGUAAUGCCUCGACUCAACGAGUGAGGGCAUUUGGACCCAAAAGCAAGGCCAGAUCAUCACCACUGGCGAAACAAAGGCGCGCUUCGUCACCAGGCCCCCGUGGCGCGCGUCAGCUUUCCCUAACUAAGCUGACUGAUACGGACGCUGAAGGGGAGCUCGACAUGGAACUCUUUGGAGAAGUGGAGGAAGUGGCAGGAGAGCUGAUGCAGACAAGUCCCGAUGACCCUGAUACCCGGGAUGUCCCCAACUCCCAUGUUGAACCUCCCAAGGUCAAUGGGACGGUCGUGGAGUUCGAGGACCUUCGCAGCUACUCUCCUGAUAUCGAGGAUACCAUCGAAGUCAGUCAAGUACUGACUGAAGAUGCAGUUCUUUCUGCCGACGAGGGACGUAGCUCACCAGACCCCCUUUUCGAUUCUCCUUCGCAACCGAGGAACGGCGAAGGAUCCGGGCCCCCCGCUGAGCCAGUGGUACCUCAUCACCGUGCUCGGGCGGCUAACCCUUUGGUCAAGUUUAUCGAUCCUGCUCCACUAAUGGACAAGAAUUCAGGGGCUGCCAUCCCCGCAAAGACACGCUUGAUUUCUGGCCAGCCUUCGAACUCAUCUCAGGACAGUGGUAGUCACACAUCCCGCAAAACACGACCAAAACCUGCUCCUGGUGGACGUUCCGUGGGUUCCCGGGGCAAGAACCGGAGCUCCCUGUUGACAGCUGUGAAGGGCGGCCUAACUAGCGUGAAAGGUCGCUUCGGGCGAGCAAAGGAUGUAAGAGAAGAGUCGCAAUCGAUUGAAGAUCCAGCACCGUCCCAUUUUCCAGAGGAAGAAUUUGCCAUCACAUCCUGGAGUGAUGAAGAUGCAGCAGGCGAGACAGAUCACGAGCAUCAAGCAACUGCAUCUUUAGCUGGCCAGGUGGGACCCAAGUCCACUUACGCUCCUGCUCCUUUGCCAGUUCCCUCCGGACAGGAAUUGUUGGAGAUAGCAGGUUUGAAGCGGGAUGCAGAUGCGUUGCCUGACUUCGAAGAUGAAGCGAAUGUCGAACAGUCACCUCAACCCACGAAUGUAAUCUCGGUGGAAACUCUCGCUGAUGAUGUUCCGACCGAAGAAGCAGCCUCGCCUGCCACCCCGGCCGUGGAAGACGAAGCGGCUCGAAAGAGUCUUGCAGAGGCCAAAGAGCAGCUGUUCCCGUCUAUGCAGGCUUCGGCUUCGGUGACUUCCAUUUCAAGCUCGUCAUGGAAGACGUCAAAAGACAACACCAUUUUUGGACCAAUGUAUAAGUUACAGGAACCGGCUCAAGAACCUAACGGUGUCAACGAAUCUGUUCCUACAUUCAAGCUCAUUCUGAAUGCGAAUGCUCCCGUUCCACUUGUGUUGAAAGAUUCCAACAACAUGAAAGGCGUUUCAUUCACCGAUAUAUACGCUGAUAAGUCGCUGGACGGUCGAGCGGGAACGUUCUAUCUAUUAGAAGAUGCAGUCAGAAUCGUCAGCACUUUCUCGGGCCUCGGCAGCGCGAGGGUUGUGCUCGAUUCCUCUGCAGACGAUAGUCACAAGACGCAAUUCGACGUAUUUCAACAACGUCUGCAUUCAGGCCAGACGUUCGUUACCAAGGCUGGGAAAGAAUUGCUUGUCUUUUUUAGCUCGCAGAAUAUGGAAAUCUCAGCCAAGCUUAGUCCGCCACAGAUACUGAUAGGUCUUGCAAAUACGGUGCUCCUCAUGCGUGUCCAGAUCACUGACAGUACUGGAUAUGCGAAUGCUGUCAUGCAAAUCACUGCAGUGUAAUUCUACUGACUACGAUUUCCAUUAUACACUCUUGAAUGGCUUUUGAAAUACUUUACGUAGCUACUCUCGGUGGCUACGACCAUUUUUGCAUAUGCGGUUUGCACGUAUCUAAUGAAAAGUCAAAGGAGUCGAAGAGUUCCAGCAGAAUGUGGACGCUCUGAAGGUUUAGUACUGUAAUCGGCUUGAUGCAAUGGCACAUCCAACCAAUGUUAACGCGGCCA